AUGAAUGACGGUACACCCGUCAUUUGUGGAGAGAAGGUUCCGUCGCGAAAUGUAGGCGGUGUUGGUUUCGUUGUGCACCCAUCUGUCGUCCAUCUCGUCGAUUCUCACGAGAUCCUGUCACCUCGUCUGGCCAUUCUUCGUCUCCGUCAUCUGCGCCAAAUUCCCAUCAGUAUCAUCAUUUACUAUUCACCAACAUCAGCAGCUGAUGAAUCCGAAUUGGUCGCGUUUUACGAGGAACUGGAGGAAUUGAUCCGCAACGAGAAGUCCUUCUACAAAUUUGUUGUCGGAGGCUUAAACGCAAAACUAGGAAAGGCCACAGAAGAGGAAUACAGGAUUGGAAGAUUUGGACUAGGGGACCGGAAUGAAAAUGGCAAUCGUCUCGCCGGGCUGUUGUACGCCGCUCGCCUCUUUCAUGGGAACUCUCUUUUCAUGAAAAAAGAUCAUCGUCGGUGGACAUGGGAAUCGCCCAAUGGCGCGACUCGUGCGGAGAUCGACCAUAUACUCACCAACCGGAGGUGGUGUCUACUUGACGUCUCAGUAGUACCAUCCUUUUGUAGUGGUUCUGAUCACCGUCUCCUUCGUGAAAAAAUACGACUUAGCCACACGAUAGAAAAGAACAUCUGCUAUCGGCAACGAAGGAGAAAAGAAGUCGUCUACGACGAUUGCGUACUCGAGGACUCCUUGUCCCAAGGUGACUGGCACAUCGAGGAGGACCCAAACUACGAGAUACUGCUCAGAGGAUUACGAGCCUGCGCCGAACGUGCCUCGAAGCCGCGCACGACAAACGUGAAUCGAAUUUCGAAGACCACCAAGGAAUUGUUGGAAAGAAGAAAGGCUUUGAGGCUUGAUCCGAAUGCAUCGCAUAUUGAGCGGCAGAAGAAGAUUCUAGAAGCAGCACAAAGAAGAACGAGUCUAAAGAAGUGCCGCAGGGAUCUCCGCGAAUAUAAUAUUCCGCUAGCAACCUUGCUGAGCGAAGACGGGACUCGCACGUCUUCUCAUCGUGAGAUGGAAAUCAUUAGGGAAACCUUUUGCGUUCAUCAACUCCUGUGUCAAGCCCAAUCAUCCGAAGCUCCACCACGGAUUCUCCCUUCAGAAGUACGAGUCGCUAUCAAGAGCAUGAAGCCUGGCACAGCCUCCGGACCUGAUUUUAUAUCAGCAGACUUUCUUCUGGCUGGCGGCCAUCCGCUUCAUGUAAUCUUAGCAGCGCACAUGACAUCCUAUCUUCAGAAAGAGAGGAUCCCAGACCAGACGUUGGAUGAAGCCCUUCCUCAAGAACAAGCUGGAUUCCGCCAGGGGUUCAGCUGCUUGGACCACAUCCAGACCGUGUUGAGGGUCAUAAAGGUUUGCCGGAAAUACCGCCUGCCCCUUGUUUUAACCUUCGUCGACUAUGAGAAAGCCUUUGACAGCGUAGAAACGAAUGCAAUACUGUCAGCGCUGGUCGAUCAAGGUGUAGACGCCUCGUAUGUGAGGACAUUAGCCAAUUGCUACGAACGAUGCACGACUAGGAUACCGCUUUUCCACCGCCUUCUCACCAUACCUAUUAGAAAUGGAGUACGACAAGGCGAUACUAUAUCGCGGAAGCUGUUCAUGGUUGCAUUGCAAUGGAUAAUGAAAUCACUUUUGUGGAAAGAAAGGGGCAUACGUGUUGAUGGAAGAUUUCUCUCGAACCUUCGUUUCGCGGACGACAUCGUUCUCUUUUCGAGCAGUACCAAUGAAGCAGAAACGAUGCUCAACGAAUUGAACAAAGCAGGGAAGAGAAUAGGACUACGAAUAAACAGAAAGAAGACACAGUUCAUGAAGAACGCCCACUGCGAGGACGGAGGAGUACAACUUGAAGGCUCCCUAAUCGUGGAAACUCCGUCAUACGUAUAUCUCGGACGUUCUAUGAACAUGGAAAACGACUUGAAGGAAGUGCUGAAUAGAAGGAUGAGAGCAGCGCUGGCAGCACUCGCAGCCGUCAGGGAAGCUACGGACCAACUGACGGACCAAGAUCUUCGUGCCCAUUUGUUCGACUCAACACUCUUUCCAGCGCUCUGUUACGCAGCGGAGACGUGGGCAGACACCGCGGCCACGUCUACUAAGCUACGUACUACCCACAGAGCCCUUGAGAGAUGUCUCCUGAAGUUUAACCUACGCACACAACACCUUGCCGAUCUUCGUAGCUCCGACUUAAGAGGAAUGUCCCGUCUUCGCGACCCUGCAGAAUACGUAUCAAAAGCAGAACAUGGAUGGGCCGGUCACAUCAUGAGAAGAGUCGCCGGUGAGAGCUCAGCUGGAUACGGCUCAAGGACCUUGUCAACUUCACUCACGAAGCUUGAGAACAUCUUGGAUGACAAUGGCGAGGGAACGAAACGAGUGGAAGAGAUGCUGGAGCCCGCACGUCCAGUGAAGACGGGCCAUCUAAGUAUCUAA